UAACAACAAAUAUUGCCAUUGCUGCAAUUCACCAGUAUAUAUUUCGGAAGCAUACGCUAUUUCAAGUUCUUUGGCACUGACCAGCAUUUCUUGUCAGUCCUAAGCCUAGAAUGAACAGGAGACAUGCCGACAAAAAAAGGAAUACUGAAGCCCCACGAGGAGCUCAGAAUGAAGAGGGAAGUAGAGGCCCUCCGUAACAAGUCCAAGUUGGAAUACCAGCAGAUGAAGGCCAAACAGUUAGAGGAGAAAAUCCACCCCCUGGCUUUCCUCUCGGACUCCUGCCACCCAAAGGAGUCACCUCAUGGCCAAGCGCCUGAGACCUCUGGUCAAGCUGAGGGCUCUCAAUCAAACCCGAGAGAGCCCGAGACACUUAAAACACCACAUUCAAUAGAGUUAAGAAUGGACCUCUUGCCGUCACCUCCAUCCUCAGCUCUCUUUGAGGUGAAGCCUCUCAAUCCGCAAGUUCACGAGUGCUACAUGCACCAUAGCCCCACAGAUGAAGAUCUGAGGGCAUCCACAGCUCUACCCGUGAUGCCUCCUCACGACAGCCCUGUCCCCUUCAAGUCAGCUAUAGCUCCACUGGCAGGCACCACCAAAGCUGUGCCAAUGUCGCAUAGGCCUCAACCUGUAACGAAGGCCCGAUCGGAGAGGCGGCCAUCGGCGCAGGAGGUGAGAAAGCCAAAGAUCCUCAAACAGAAGGCAGAAGACCCGAAGACGAAAGUGGGAGAGAGGCGUGUGACCCGGCGAUAUUACAACGUUGUGGUGAGCUCCGAUGAGUCCAGCGAGAGCAACAGUAGUGAAGACUCUGGCUCGGACCACUCUGGCUGGACCCAGCACAAAGCACGCAAGUUGCACAAGUUGCACAAGCAAAAGCCAUCACGGCCCGUGCGUCAAGCUCCGCUGCUGACCAGCUUAAAGACCAAACCGGUCACGAAAGCAAAUACACCCGCGGUGUCCCGCAAUACUGAACCCCACGUUGUGAGAUCCACCAUGGAGCUCCUGCAGGAGGCCAGGACCAUUGCCGGGGUCAAAGCCGAGAGCCAGGAGGAGGCCGGGGGGACAACGGUAUCGCCAGCACCCCUGCCAGUGACCAAAACUGUGAUGAGAACCAGCCGCCGCACCGUGGACGAAAUCAUCACCUCCUUGCAGGGCGAGACCUCAGUCUGCUCUUCCGACCAGAUUAUCAAAGACCUGAUGAAGCAGGUGCUCGGCGAUGGCUUCUUUGCGGACACUGAGGAGGAACCACAGAAGGAUGCUGUCGAACUCAAAGAGAUUAUCAAACCAAGACCUCAAGAGCCAAAAGAGCCAUCUGUUCGGAAGGAAAUCCACCCACCGACGAUGCAUGACCCAGUGCCAAAGAAGUCGCGUCUAGUGCAGCCGAAGCCCAGUCACGCCGUCAUCUACAAGCUUGACAGUGAACAGUCUGAUCAGUCUGAUUCUCCGAAACUCACAGAGGUAAAACAGGACCGCAUGGAGGCCAUAGGACAACCUGUUCCACGCUCAGAGAAGCUGUUAAAGGUUCAGGUGGUCCAAACCCACAUUCAGGGCCUCGCUCAUCUGGCAACCUGGUCUCCAAAAUUACACACAGAGGAGUAUAAGACCAUCCACCACCUGUGUACUACUCCGGCCAAUCGAGUGCUGCCUGUGGAGCUGGAGCUGGUGUCUAGGGUGUGCCAUACAACUGGCGUAGUACCCAAUGUUCUACAGCAGAGGGCAGCAAUUCCAUGCAAAUCAACACAGCAGGACACACUCAGAUACAUCAGUGAGGGAGUGGCACGGGAGUUGCAGCCAGACACAGCAGCAGAAGAUCAGGAGGACUGUGUGUCACACCUCUCACCAGAGAACCGGCUGGCCCUGGAGGACUGGAAACGCAUCGCUGAGUACUACGUGGAGAAACCCCGCAUCCUCAUGCAAGGACUCAGCGCUCCAUUCUGCGAGCGCGAGAUGAAAAUGUUCUGGAACCCUGCGCCACCCAAGUUCGGCUGCGCCCCCACAGUCCUGAGGGACAAGCUGUUCCCCAGAUAUCAGGUAGCGGGUACUGAAGACCUUCUGUCUGAGAUGGAGGAGUCCACAUCUGGAUCAUACAAGUCUAUGGAUCAGAACAGCACUGUCACAGAAAACGUGCUGUGCCAAAAAUUCAAAUCGAUGAUCGACCUUCGAGCCGAGGACUCAGACGACUCAACAACAGAAGAAUUCAGUACCGAUAAGGUGAAGCGGCCCCGCUCUGCUCCACUCCUCGGUGAGUGCACUGAACCAAGCCUCCACAUCAAGACCGACUUCCGCUCCAUCACCUGCGAGCUGGAGGUGGUGCGCAAGUUCAGGCAGUCCCUGUCCACCCAAAAUGCCCUCCAGCGCCAGCAGCAGCAGCAGCAACAGCAACAGCAGGGCCAGGGCAUCUCAAAAGACCCGCCUUCAACACACAAGUCGCCCUCCACCAAGGCUUCACAGGCUACCGAUGCUCACCAAGCCUCUGAAACUGAGGGGUCGUCGGCCUCGUCACGACAGCAUGCUCACCACCCGCAGCAGCAGCGCAAGCGCAGCGUCAAGACCGAGGCUGCUCCAGUGCAGGAGCAGGAGCAGGAGCGCACGACGCACAAGAACAGCUCCGCAGGCACCAGCAAUACGAGACGCAGAACGGCCAGGACGAAGAGGCUGCAGCCGGACAAGCUGGCUAGCAUCCUACGCUUGUUGAAGGGGAAGCCUCGCACCUUGGCCAGGAGUGAGUCGGUGAGCCGCUUGUCCCAGAAGUCCGUGUGCUUCACCCAGCGGGAACGCUCCAGCCUGCUGCGCUGGCCUAGUCUGCCCAUGCUGCUGGACUUCCCGGACUUCGCCACCCAGCGUGGGGGCAUCGCACCCGAGGAGGAGGAGCGCGAGUGGGUGCGGGACAUCUGGGAGGUCUGGUUCGAUGAGGUGUUCCCGCCACUGGACGAGAGCAUCAGCGUGGUGAUCGCCGACCCCCAGAAUGGCUCAAUGGUGGACGCCGAGUGGACGGAGAGCCCGGAGCGCAACACCCAGGAGCUGGAGGUGGUGGACCUGUCUCAGGCGCUGGGCGAGGGGCUGACGGCGUCCGACCUGCAGGAGGAGGUGGAGGCGCUGACCCAGGCCAUGGCCCAGCAGGACCAGCCCAGCGCCUUCCACCUGUGUCGCCGCGGAGGCCUCUACAAGAAGCUCGGCCUCCUCAGCCAGGCCAUGGACGACCUCAACAAGGCCAUAUCCAUGGAGCCUGGCUUGCUGAAUGCCUACUGGCACAGACACAGCAUUUAUCUGCUCCGAAAUGACCACACCAGUGCCCUGGAGGACCUUGACUACAUCAUCAAGCAUGGAAAGAAGCCAGCUGAUGCCUUCAGGUCCAGGGCUGAGAUCUGCAGGGCACGGGGCCAGGCCACUUUGGCCAUCCUAAACUACACUCACGCCAUCAAGUGCAAUCCGGACAACGACGAGAACUACUUCAGGAGGGCCCAGAUGUACAUGCAGACCGGAGAGAUCGUGCUGGCUCUAGACGACUAUGCUAAAACGUAUACCAUCAACCCCAAGAGGACGGACGCCCUGAUGAUCCAUGGGGAGCACUACUACCAGAAUGCCAACUGGCUGGUGUCGUUGGCAGACUUCACAGCCGUGCUCAAGCAGGAGCCGGGCCACGCGUUAGCCAGGACGUACCGGGGCCAGAUCCAUGCCAAGCUGGGCCACUUCCACAGUGCGGUGGAGGACUUCUCCCUGGCGGUGCACCUGAAGCCGCUGGACUGGAAGGCCUUCUACCACCGCGGUUGCCUGCUGAGGAAGAGGGAGCCCGAGGUUGCCCUCCGGGAUCUCAGCACCUCCGUGCUGAUCAAUGACAGCAAGGAAAACUUUAGUGCCUUCCUGCACCGUGGCCUGAUCUACUGUGACCUCAAACAGUGGAAGCAGGCCUUGGCCGACUUUGAAGCAGUGGUCAAACUGGACAGCUCUAUAGCAGUGGCCCACGUGAACCUGGGUCUGAUCUACAUGCUGAAGAUGGACCAGCACUAUGAGGCUAUCCAGAUGUUUAGCAAUGGCCUGAAAGUCAACCCCACCUAUAUCCGAGCUUACAUAUGCAGAGCCAAAGCCUUUCAUGUCGUGGGUAAUUUGAAGAGUGCACUGAAGGAUUUGGUGAGUGCCUCACACAUGAGACCUGACAUGCACCAGCUCUACAUACUGAGGGGCCAGUAUCUGUGUGACAUGGGAUUGUUCAGCCUUGCAACCCGCUGUGUCCAGUAUGCCGCUGAUAUGAACCAAGCUCUGGGAUCGUCUCAACUGCAGCAGGCAGCCGUGUACUCUUUCCUGGGCAACAAUGACAAGGCCAUGACCUGCCUGACUAACGCCUCAGACGAAUCCCGCCUGCCCAUCCUCAUCCUGCUGGGGAAGACUCAGAUGAAGGCCCACCUCUUCCAGGAUGCGAUGGAGAGCUUUAAGAAGGCCCUGGCACAGCUGUUGGAAGGCUACUCGUCGAACGCUCGCGAGGCGGCUCAGAUCUACCACCUGAUGGGAAUGUGCCACAUGUCCCAGGGCUCCCUCUUUCAGGCUUGUGAUGCAUUCAGCAAUGCGGUGAAGAUGUACCCUGACUAUGCAGAGGCCUACCACCAGCGUGGGCUGUGCCGCAUGCGUCUCCAACAGGUCAAGAGUGUUCAGGACCUCAACAGAGCACUCUCCAUCAACCCCUACUUCUUCCAGGUGUACCUGAGCCGUGCAACCUACUAUGGCAGCAGAGGGCGAUACUCCAAGGCCAUCCUCAACUGCAAUGCGGCCAUCAAAGUGCAGCCGAGCAGUGUGAGGGCGUACCUUUACAGGGGUGCUUUCAAGUACUUCCUCAAGGUGUUCAACGGGGCAGUGGACGACCUGACCACAGCUAUCAAACUGGACAAGUCUUGUGCUUUCGCGUACUACAACCGCGCUGUUUGCUACCACCAGAUGAAGGAAUACGAGAUGGCGCUGCGAGACUAUGCCAUCGUGCUGCUGCUGCCCGAGCAGAAAGAGAUCAGCCUGAAAGUAUUGAUCAACAGAGGCCUGCUGUAUGUGGAGCUGAAUGAUCAUCACAAUGCACUGGUGGACUUCUUAACUGCCUCGGAGAGGAAGCCAAAGGAUCCGGCUAUACACCAUGCCCUAGGAGUAUAUCACCACAGACUAGGCCAGCUACAGCAGUCUGUGGAGGCCUAUACGGAGGCCAUGCGCAUCAGCCCCUUCCUGCUGGACACGUACGUGGGCCGAGGCAGCGCCUACAUGGACUACGGCCACACCCAGGCCAACAAGCAGGCCCAGAGGGACUUCCUCUCCGCACUGCACCUCAACCCACUCUGCCUCAAUGCACGCAUCUGCCUGGCCUACAACUUCCAGGUGUUUGGAUGCUUCCAGAAGGCCUGGAACCAGUUCACCAUCGCCCUGGAGAUCAGUCCCAACAGCUGGGCAGCGUACGAGGGACGUGCCGUGGUCAACCUGCAGAUGGGCAAUCUCUACGCCGCCUUCCAGGACAUCUGCAAGGCUCUCAGGCAUAACCCUCUACGUGACCAGCUUCUGACUAAUCGGGGCGUGAUCAGCCAGUGCAUGGGAGACACGGCCACGGCCAUGAAGGACUACCACAAGGCCAUCGGCGUCAACCCCAAUUACGCCUUGGCCCACUUCAACGCUGCCAACCUCUACUUCUUCAACAGGCAGUUUGAAAAGGCCCUGGAGUACUACAACCGGGCCGUGGAGUUGGACCCGGAGGAUGAGUCGGCCGUGCUGAACCGCGGCAUCACGCUCACCCUGCUGCGGAGGGCCCCGGAGGCGCUGCAGGACUUCGCCGUGGCCCUCAAGCUCAAUCCGCACUCCUCGCACGUCUACCUGAACAGGGCCAAUCUCUACUGCUCCCUCAGGAAGUAUCGCCGCGCCGAGAGGGACCUCACUCAAGCUAUCGAGCUGCAGCCCAAAGACGCUCUGCUGUAUAAGCUGCGCGCUGACGUGCGCGGUAAGCUGGGCUUCACCCAGCAGGCCCUGGAGGACUACGGAACCUCGCUGGAGCUCCAGGAGGCCCAGGAAGCCAAGGAGUCACCACGUCGACCCUCCGCACGCUGACGUCUCAUCUGCAAGGCCCUCACACGUUGCGGCUCCGGAAAAUAGAGCCGAAGGCAGCAGGUUCCAUCCCUACUACAUAACCGUUUUCCACAGCACCCCGAUGACAUGCCUUAUUAAACAUAAGAGCGCACUGUA